AAAGCAGACCUCCACCGAUCGUUGAACGGGACAGUUGCGCCGCCACUCGUUGAAAUCAGCUGAUCCCCUCGGACAUUUGGAUCCCUCGCACUUGUAUUCGCGUCGCUGUCUCCUCUGACCGAAUUUCGGGCAAACUUUUGUCAACGUGAAAGCCGAAUAGUUUGCGUUUAUUUUUGGGCAGAUGUGCUAAUAAUUUCGUGUGCCAACAAUUUGUGGUCCGUCGGUGUCUCCGCCACACACAGUGCGCCCAGUGAUCGUCGAGAACGGAACACAGAGACUUCUCUCUGUUCUGUUCGCCAAAAGUUCUGCAUGCGGGAGCUCAAGAUGAAAUCAAAGUACGAGAACAUGAAGAUCAUCUACAAUCGCAGCAAGAUCGGCUGGUAUUGGGCGCCACUCUUCGUGUCCUUUUGGUUUCUGCUCUUCUACCUCGUGGUGGUGUCCAGCUUCCAUCGCAUGCCGCGCCUGAAGACCCAACUGGAUGAGCUGCAGCAGCCGGGACAGUUCAUUGGAGAGCGUGCAGAGAACACGCUGCUGAGACUCUCCAAAAUUGGACCCAAGGUCGUGGGCAGUGCCGCCAACGAGCAGGUGGCUGUGCAGUUUCUGCUCAGCGAGAUCACCGACAUCAUUGACGGCGCACGCACGGAUCUCUACAGCAUCGAGAAGGAUGUGCAGAUUGCCUCCGGCAACUAUCUCCUCUGGUCCAUGGUCAAUGUCUAUCAGAGUGUGCAGAAUGUGGUGGUCAAGCUGUCGCCCAGAAAUGCCAGCAGCGAGGCUGCUCUGCUGAUCAACACUCACUUUGAUUCGGUGCCGGGCAGCUCGGGCGCCGGAGACGCCGGCAUGAUGUGUGUCAUCAUGCUGGAGGUGCUGCGAGUUAUUACCAAGUACGAGACGCCCCUGACCUACUCCGUGGUGUUCCUCUUCAAUGGCGCCGAGGAGAACCCGCUGCAGGGCAGUCACGCCUUCAUCACACAGCAUCCCUGGGCGCAGAAUGUCAAAGCGGUUAUGAACUUGGACUCGGCAGGCAGCGGCGGACGUGAAAUUCUCUUUCAAUCGGGCCCCGAUAAUCCUUGGCUGAUGAAGUACUACGGCAAGAACAUUGUUCACCCGUUUGCCUCCACAAUUGGCGAGGAGUUGUUCCAGAAUGGCUUUGUGCCUUCCGAGACGGACUAUCGCGUGUUCCGUGACUAUGGCGAGAUACCUGGCCUCGACAUGGCACAAGUGCUCAAUGGCUAUGUUUAUCACACCAAAUACGAUCGCUUUAAUCUCAUACCACGACGCACUUAUCAACUGACGGGAGACAACAUUUUGGCACUGGUCAAGGCGCUGGCCAAUGCCGAAGAGCUGGAGAAUCCAUCGAAAUACGCCGAGGGACACAUGAUCUUCUUUGAUGUUCUCGGCUGGUUUUUUGUCUACUACCCGGAGAGCACGGGCGAGAUUAUCAACAUUUGCGUUUGUGUCGUGGUCUGCCUUACGAUCGUCGGCUACAUUUGGAUCAUGUCGAGCAGCACUGGCAUGUUUAGGCGUCGCAUUUGGGUCAAGUUUGGCAUUCUCACAGCCCUCCAGGUGGCCGGCGUGGGCCUGGGCAUUGGCUUGGUCCUGUCGAUUGCCUUGUUCCUGGAUGCCGUCAACCUGCCUAUGAGCUGGUUCUCCCAGAACUGGAUGCUCUUUGGCCUGUACUUUUGUCCCAUGAUCUUUGGCAUGGGCAUUGUGCCAGCCAUCUACUUCAGUCGCACCAAGGAGCAUGGUCUGCCCUUGGGCUAUGGCAUACAAUUGCUGAUGCAUUCGCAUUGCCUCAUCCUCACCGUCGUCACUGUGAUCAUGAUCUGCUACAGCAUUCGCUCGGCUUUUGUGAUUAUGCUCUGCAUUGCCUUCUAUACGCUCUCCGUGCUGCUGAAUAUGAUCACCAGGGCACACAAGACAAACUUCCUUUGGCUCAUCCCACACUGCCUGUGCCAGGUGCUGCCCUUCAUGUUCUACACCUACUGCUGCUACGCCUUCUACGUCGUCUUUGUGCCCAUGCAGGGACGCGAGUGCAACACCAAUCCGGAGAUUCUAAUGGGUUUCUUUACCGCUCUGAUGGUUAUACUCUUCGCUCCGUUUCUGGUGCCGCUGCUCUGUCUGUUCCGCAAGUCCAAGACAAUCAUUUCGAUGUUUGGCGUGUGCACGAUUCUUUUUAUCAUCUUUGCUGCCACGCCCAUUGCCUUCCCGUAUGCGGAGAAGACAGCUCCACAACGUUUCUUUGCUGUGCACACGGCACGCACCUUCCACAAUGCGGAUCGCGCGAGUACUGUGAACCACACGGAUUCUGGUUACUUUGUGCUGCCCGUGGACAGACGUCCCCACACUCUGGAUGACAUACUCUUCGAGAACACCAACUACAGCAAGGCGGCAACAAAUGAUUGUGACUCGGAGAUUAUGUGUGGCUAUCCCAUAUACAGUUCGCGCUGGCUGAAUGCGGUCGACAACAGCUACUUUGUGCCUGGGCCCGAGCCCAACAAGGAUUACCUCCCCACUCUCAGCAUCAUCGACAAGAGCAGCAGCAACGCUCAGAGCAUAAAGUUCACGCUGGAGAUUGCGGGACCGGAUCACACGAGCAUAUUCAUACAGCCCGUGAAUGGCACUCGCCUCGUGGACUGGACCUUCACCAAGGAGCCGCUCGAGCAGAAUGUGAAGCCGCCCUACUACGUGUAUUGGUCGUACGCGCUGGACCCCACGCCCCUGCAGUUCAGCAUGGAAUUUGAGCAUGACAGCGAUGACUGGACUGGCUCCACCUUCCGCAUUGCCAUCAUGGGACACAGAACGCACCACGACAUGUACAUAGAUGAGGAGUUUCGGGAGUUCUUGGCCACGUUUCCGCCCUGGGCGCAUGUUAGCUCAUGGAUUGGUUCCUACAACAGCUGGGAGCUGUAAGCAAACGAACGGAAAUUGCGUGCCAUUCAGCCUAGAACCUUGUUAAAUCUGGUUUAUCCCCCUGCUAAUGCAACGAACAAAGUGCCAGCUUGCCUGGUCAUAAAUGCUUUAAGGUUUAAGUUUAUAAUUAGCUUAU